UUAAAAAGAACACUGUACUUUAGUAAAUAUCAAAAUUAUUAAUUCUAGAUAUUUUUAAUGUAAAAAUCUGUUUUGUUUUUCUUUUUAUAAAUGGUUUUCUGGUAUAUAAUUUCAAUUUGUAAUAUUUAUUUCCAUUUGACUUCCAUUCAGUAAAAUCUCUUUUAGACAGAUUUUAUUGCAGCUGGACUCUAAAGGAAUGAAUUUAUAUUUUAUUAACGGUUUGGGCAUAUAUGAUAAUAAUAUAGCUUGAAAAUAUUACAUCUCCAAACAUCUUCAAUUUUAAUUAUAUACUAACAAAUAAAUAAAUAUUGCUAAUAAUUUCAUAAGUAGUAAACUAAGUACAAGAACUUAGAAAAAUAUUAAAGCAAGAUGUGAAUUACUUAAUAUUUAUCAAAUAAUACUUUAAGGUCAAUUAUUAGACCAAUGUGAUGUGAAGUAGUGACCAAUGUGACAAAGAGGAGAAAAUAUUACAUAAUUUACUUCAAAAUGAAUAUAUUAUCAAAUAAAUGUAAAAAUAUUUAUAAGAGUAAAGAGAAAUUUCUGAAAAAUAUAUAUCCUAUUAAAAAGUAUGCAACACACAAAAUACUUGGCAUAGAAACAUCAUGUGAUGAUACUGGUUGUGCAAUAAUCAAUGAUAAAAAUGAAUUAUUAUCUGAAUCAUUACAUUCACAAAAUCUAAUACAUUUACGAAAUGGUGGCAUUAUACCAGAUGUGGCCCAAGAUUUACACAAAAGUAAUAUUGAACCAAUAGUUUUUAAUACUCUGCAAAAAGCAAACUUAUCAGUGACAGAUAUAUCAGCAAUAGCAGUGACACUUAAACCUGGAUUACCUCUAAGCCUGGUUGUUGGUAUGAAGUAUGCAAAACAUUUAGCUCACCGUUAUAACAAACCAAUAAUACCUAUUCAUCAUAUGGAAGCUCAUGCACUGGUAACUAGGUUGCAGUAUGAUAUACCAUUCCCAUAUUUAGUGUUAUUAAUUUCUGGAGGCCACUGCUUACUAGCAGUGGUUGAAGAUGUAAAUAAAUUUAAGCUCCUUGGAGAGAGCAUUGACUGUGCACCUGGAGAGAUUUUUGAUAAAGUUGCUCGCAGAAUGAAAUUGAAAAAUGUCCCAGAGUAUUCAAAGCUCUCAGGAGGGCAAGCAGUUGAACUAGCUGCAGCAAAAGCAACCAAUCCACACAUGUUUAAACUCCCUUUGCCAUUAUCUGAGUAUAAGGAUUGUAAUUUCAGUUUUAAUGGUUUGAAAACCUCAGUAUUACUUCAACAUUAUAGAAAAGAGGUUCAACACAAAGUUGUAGCUGAUGACUUGAUACCCGAAGUGAAUGAUUUAUGUGCUGCUAUGUUAAUGGCUACAUCUAGGCAUUUAAUACAUAGAACACAAAGAGCUAUGGAAUUUUGUCACCAAAAAAACCUGAUAACAAAGGAUAAUAAAAUAUUAGUUGUAUCAGGUGGUGUAGCAUGCAAUGACUACAUAUAUAAUGCUCUAUCAAUAUUAUGCAAAGAAACAAAUUAUAAAAUAUUUAGACCAUCCCACAAAUUAUGUACAGAUAAUGGUGUAAUGAUAGCUUGGAAUGGUUUGGAAAAAUGGAAUCGAAACAUAGAUGUAGUGUCAAAUCUUGAUUCAUUAGACAUAGAAGCAACAAGUCCCUUAGGUCAAAGUCUUAUUUCUGAUGUUACAAAUGCAAAAAUCCCAAUAAAAUUAUUAAAAAUAAAAGCAUAA